UUCACUUCCGGUCGGUGUUUUCAACAUGUGAGAGAUGUCUUCAGCCACUCAGGAGGUAACUCUGAUCGGUCUGUGUGAUGGGGAGCUCGACUCUAAGAGACACCGGUCCUCUUAUCUGACAAACAAAGUCGGGGGUCACCCGGACUGGUCCCCGGUCAUCUCCCGGCAGUCUCCCCGCUGCAGUCGCUGCGGAGCCCCGUUAUUACACGUGGUUCAGGUGUACUGCCCUCUGGAGGCUUCACCCUACCACAGAAACCUCCACCUGUUCGCGUGCCCAGGUGCCGAGUGCAGCGGCAGGUCAGACAGUUGGAAGGUGCUCCGCUCUCAGUGUCUGGAGGAGGCGGCGGCAGCGCAGACAGCCAGCCGGCCUGUCACGGCUCAGGAGGCUCCUCUGUCGGCCACUGACUGGUGUGACACCGCUGAUGACUGGGGGAUGGAGGAGGAGGAGGAGGAGGAUGGAUGGGGAGGAGGUGUGAAGAAGAUCAGCCAGGUUCAAGAGGAGGCAGCAGCUCCUGAGGCACAGGCCGGUGAGAUGGACGUCAGCAGUCGGCUUCAGGAUCUAAAUCUUGGAGAGACACAGGAGGAUGUUCCUGUCCUCCGCUCAUUCUUCAUCAGUGUGGAGGAGGAAUCAGAUCUUGGUGGAGAGGAAGACGACCUGCGGCACGUUCAGCAGCUGCUGAGGGAGUAUGAGAGGAGAGAGGGCGUGGCUGUAGGAGAGCUGGAGGACAGUGAGGGCGGCGGCGGGGAGGAGAAGUACGAGAAGACACGUGCCAGACACGGAGAUGCUGUCUUCUCCAGGUUCAUGAAGAAGAUCUCGCUCUGUCCUCAGCAGAUCCUGCGGUACUGCCGCAGCGGGAAACCACUCUUCAUCACUGAGCCGCCGGCCAACAUGGCUCAGGUGGUGUCGGUGUGCGGCUCCUGUGGGGGAUCCAGGACGUUUGAGCUGCAGCUGAUGCCGGCUCUGGUCAGUCUGCUGCGGAGGGAGGGCGGCAGCGCUGAGGCAGAGCUGGAGUUCGGGACGGUGCUGGUUUAUACGUGCACAAACAGCUGCUGGACGGCAGGAUCAGGAUCAGCUGUGGAGGAGUUGUGCUUCGUUCAGGCAGACCCAGACCAGCUGCUCUUUAAAUGACGGGACAGGUUCAAAAUGAGUUGCUGUGAUUCAUUCAUCAAAUCAGACAAGUAUUAAAAAAAAUGAACAGAUGAGUUUACACAGGAUUUCAACUGGAUUGUGUGGCCUACAGAGAGUCACUAGUGCCUUAAAUGUGCUGCUGCAUGAUAUGUUGGAAAUGUGCGGCCAUCACUGCUGUUCUGUUGUGAUAACAAAGCUGGUUUACAGAAGAUAUCUGGUUAAAUUGUCUAUUUCUCGAGAUAGCGAUCACUUUUCACGAGAAAAUGACUUGUAUUCUCUGAAGAUGACAAAAUAAAUAUGGAGGAC